GCAGAGAAGAAGAAGAGAGAGCCACACCCAGACCAACUGAGCCUACUGGUCUGACUGGGCCUGUCCUGAUGCAGUGAAGUGGGACCAGUCUGUUUGCGACUAACUGGACUUGGCUGGGUUCUGGAGGGUUGAGGUGGACUGCAGUGGUCUGAGCUGGUCUGAGGAAGAGGAAGUGGAUGGACGGUUUCCAGGCGUACGGGGCGGGGAAGGCCGGCGGAGCGUUCGACCCUGCGACCUUCAUCAGGCAGCCGCAGACCGUCGUUAGGAUCCUGUGCUGGCUCUUCUCCAUCGUCAUCCUCGGCUGCGUUGCUAACGAGGGCUAUGUCAACAGGCCAGAGGAGGUGGAGCCGUAUUGCAUCUUCAACCGCAACCAGAACGCCUGCAACUAUGGCAUCGCCAUGGGAACACUGGGGUUCCUAUGCAGCGCUGCUUUCCUGGCACUGGAUGUUUACUUCCCCCAGAUCAGCGGCGUGAAGGACAGGAAGAAGGCCGUCAUGGCUGACAUUGUAGUGUCAGCUCUAUGGGCCUUCAUCUGGUUUGUGGGCUUCUGUUUUCUGGCCAAUCAGUGGCAGGUCUCUAAAAAAGAGGACAAUCCUCUGAACGAAGGAGCCGACGCAGCCAGAGCAACCAUCGUUUUCUCCUUCUUUUCCAUCUUCACCUGGGUGCUGCAGAGCCUGCUUGCCAUCCACAGGUUCAAAUUGGGAGCCGACACCGUCAUGUUCAACCAGGACUACGUGGAUCCUAAUCCACACGAACCCAUGGAGGCCGCACCCACGACUGAAUAAAUCCCUUCAGAUGUGCUGGGUAGCUUUUGUUCAAUGGAUUUUUGUUCUUGUGGUGCAUUCAGGGACUCAACAUAGACACUUUCAUUGAAAAUGAGUUCCUCUGAAUCAGCAGCCAAUCACAGUCCAGAACAUGAACAGAAACAACAUGGUCAGAAAUGAUCUAGAUCCUCCACUUCCUGCUGAAAAAUCACUACCACAAUACAAGCAGCUUCAUGAUAAAAGGCUGAUCACAGUUACUACACUUUUCAGAGACUUUUCUGCCCAUUUUUAGCUUUAACCUCCUAAGACCUGAACUCU